AUGCCUUGUCGAUAUGGGGGAACGUGUAUUCCUCUUGAUCCAAGGAUUGGUAUUUCGUAUUAUUGUUUGUGUCGAGAAGAAAGUACGGGUGGUAAUUGUGAAUAUUUGAAAUCUAAAUUACAAGUCUCAACUACAGCAGAAAUAGAAAUAACAUCGUCAGCACUAAUCCAUUUUAUUAAUACAGUUUCAGCUGUCAAGUCCUUCAAACGGCACACGUUGUUCAAACGGAUACCGACUAAUGAGCAGCAAAUUAGAAUCUAUACAAGUUUCGGUCAUAAUCUGGCGUAUAUGCAAUUCCAACAGUCUACUUAUUACCUAAUCAUAUUAAAGAAAGAGCCAACAUAUCGGGGAAAUGAUUCUACGACACUUGUGCGAUCUAAUCGUUGCCCAUCUAUCAGAGAAUUAUUUGAUCAAAACAUUUUGUCGUAUCAUUGGUUAAAACGUGUUAAGCAUUAUCAUCAGCCGUGCCAACAACGUUAUGAUCUGAAAUGUUUCCAUGAUGAAAGACAAAUGUGUUUGUGUACUGAAGAUCAUCGGGCAGAUUGUUUUCAGUUUGAUCAUAAUAUGACGUAUAAUUGUAAUGAAUAUAAUUACUGUGAAAACGGUGCACAAUGUUUUUAUGAAGGCGAGGGAUGUCCACAAGAUUUCAUGUGUGUUUGUCCAGAGUGUUAUUAUGGAACAAUGUGUCAGUUUUCAACUUCAGCUUUCUCUCUUUCAUUAGAUGCCAUCAUUGGAUAUCAAAUACAACCGAAAACUGACAUUAAAAGACAGCCUGUUGUUGUAAAACUCACUAUCGCUACAACAACGAUUAUGUUUAUAUUUGGUAUGGCUUUGAAUAUAUGUUCAAUAAUUACAUUCAGUCAAAAGAGAGUACAAGAUGCUUCUUGUGGCACUUAUUUAUUAUCAUCUUCCGUCGUUUCUCUCGUAACCAUUUUUAUAUUCGCAUUGAAAGUUUUAUCUUUAUUAUUAAUACAAAUCAUGAGCUUAACGAAUCUAAUAUUUCUUUAUAUCAAUUGUAUUCUAAUUGACUUUUUAUUGAAAUUUUUACUUGCAUGUGGCGAUUGGCUUAGUGUUUGUGUUACAAUCGAUCGUGCUCUAACUGCUUCAAAAACAGUAAUAUCUAACAAACAAAGAAGUAAACGAAUGACAAGAAUUAUUACCAUCUUUAUUCUGUGUACAACUGUUCUGCUCGUCAUGCAUGAUCCAAUGAACCGUCGUUUAAUUAAAGAUCCAGUAGAUCAACGUCAAUGGUGUAUCGUUUCAUAUCAAGAUUCAUUGAAAAUUUACGAUACAAUAAUCAAUACUAUGAAUUUUAUUGUUCCGUUUGUUAUCAAUGUUAUUUCAGCUAUUAUAAUUAUAGUCACAACAACUCGGCAUCGUUCAAGUGCCCAAAAACGAAUGGCCUAUUAUCAACUUUUGAAAAUACAAUUGAAACAGCACAGACAUUUGAUCAUAAGUCCUUGUAUUCUGGUUUUGUUAGCUCUGCCUCGUUUGAUCCUCUCUUUCGUCUCUGGAUGUAUGAAAUCGACACGCAAUCCGUGGCUCGCUCUAUCUGGAUAUUUCAUUUCAUUUAUACCAUCGAUGACAAUAUUUUUCGUGUUUGUCAUGCCAUCAAAACUCUACAUCGAAGAGUUUCAUGCCUCUUUGAGGCGUUAUCAGAAAAGAUUUAGCGAACUUUUUGUUUGA